AACAAAGAUUUUUCCAUCUAAGUUAUAACCGAUCGUCCCACAUCCGCCGCCCCCGCCGACGCCGCUCCCGGUCCCCAAAUCGCCGCCCCCACAUGAAUAGGAAAUUAGACGGAGCCGGAGAAGCGUCCUCCUCGAAGCUCCAAUUACCGGUUCCCGGAACUUUACAAUCCAAAUAUCGUCAACCUUGGUUAGUGUACUUCCACGGCCGGGGCCGCCGCCACAACCAAACCUUUUGUGAUCUUUCAUCAUCUUCGUCUCCUUCUUCUGGAGUAAUUGCAAUUCCCAAGAGAAUCCCUGAAUUGGGCAAUGACCGAAGGGUUUUAUACUGUUCCCCAGAUGGCGAUUGGUUACUUUUGCAAGAGAAAAACUGCCUUACACAAUCCUUCUUCUUGUGGAAUCCCACGACGCAGGAGGAUUCAAUUAAGCUGCCUCUUCUGAGACAUUUCCUCCAGGAGAAGUCAAUUCAUCAGGGCUUGUUAUUGUUGUCUUCGUCGAAUCCCAACCCUUUGGUAAUUUUAUUCGUUUUGGAACUAUGUUUAAUCUUAUAUUGUCGGGUUGGGGACAGAAGAUGGACAGAAUUCGAUUAUGCUGAAAGGAUUGAAUCUCAAACGGGGUUACCUUUUGGACGAGAUUAUUACCUAUGUAGCCCUGUUGUUUUUGAUGGUGAAAUCUAUGCUACGGCUUCUUGCUAUACUGAUUUUGUUGUUUUUGAUGGUGAAAUCUAUGCUACGGCUUCUUGCUAUACUGAUUUAUUGAGAAUUCACAUUGAUGAUGACAACAAUUGUGAGGUUAUUGUAUUGUCAGAACAUCCAUCUAAGCAUCUUAAUUCUCCACCCUGUAAAAGUUCUCGUGGGAUUUUCUUGGUGCCAAUUGGGGACGAACUUUUUCGAAUCCUGAUUUCCCCUGAUUUUUUCGAUAGAUAUGGAGAAACUCUAUCAAUUACCAUUUCCAAGUUUGAUUUCUCCUCAAAGUUAUGGAAAACAGAACUACAGCCAUGUUUGAAUGGAGGGUCAGUUUUCCUGUGCAAUUUCUACUCCCUUUACUGCAGCAACAGUGGAGGAGGCCUGGAUGAUGGUUGGAGUUACAUAUAUUUUACAGUUGAGAAUGAUCAAAAUUUGUUCUCAUACAGGGUUGAGGAUGGAAGGUUAACAUCAUAUUCAAUUCUUCCAACAGUGUUACAAGGAUCUUGGAUUUCUCAAUGGAUUAUGGCUCAUGUUGCGCCGCCGCCAGAACCUGACGUCCUACAUUGUUACAGUGAUAUGCUAUUGCAACCCAGUGACGCCGUGGAUCCCUGGAAAGAGCGAGAACAAGAGAUUUCGUGGAGGAACAGAGUAAGAACUCAGAAGAGGUUGAAGACAUUGGAAUCUGAAACUGUUGGGAAUUUGGAGGCAAUGAAAUCAGAAACUUUUGGGAACUUCGGAUCACCUUCACUGUGUGAUCUAUCACAAGAGGUACUUGGCCUGAUAUCCGAAAACCUAUCUUUCGUUGAUUACAUGCUCUUUCGUUGUGUCAAUAAGGUUUGCUCCUCCGCGACUAUCCGGAUGAGGGUGAAUAGCUUCCCUCCAUGCUUGAUAUAUAAAGACAGUUUUUAUGGUGUUUACAAUAUAGUUGAUUCCAACCUUAACCAUAAAAUCUCCAUAAAUGUUUCAGAGGCCCUGAAAAACUAUGUGAUUUGUUGUUCUAGAGGUGGUUGGCUACUCAUGAGAUACGAAUCGGAUUAUGUUUUCUUUAAUCCGUUGACAAGUCAAGUAGUCCGUGUGGGAGGUAAACCAAAUCUGGGGUGCUCGAUUAUGAACUUUACCUUCUUAAAUAAACCAUCCUCUCCUGAUUGCACAAUCCUCACAAUGGCCAAGUUUAGCGAGUCUUCCAGGAGACCGCACUUUGUUCAACGCUGUCCACAACUAGGAGCAAUGAAGUGGUGGACAUUGAUGGCAGGAGAGCAAGGCAUACAGCGAAGUUUUGACCAGAAUCGCAAUAGUCCAGUACAGUUGGGAGAAUUUUGUUACUAUUUAAGCGAUGACGGGAGAGUUGCGCGUAUCAAAUUCGCUGCAGAUGGACAAUCCUCUUUUCACUGGGAAAUUUUAAGCAUCCGUGUACUUCCUGUGUCAAAUGUGAGACUGAACUACCUAACUGAUUGUGGAGGAAAACUUGUAGCUAUACUUAUAGGUGACAAAAGCGGUGGAAAUAAACCAUGGAUUCGGGUUUUUAAGCUGAAGGAAUUUAAGAAAUGGGAAGAAAUCCAUCAGUUGGAAGGUUAUUCUUUAUGUCUAAGCUGGUCUUCAUCAAUAUCUGUUCUCACAGAAACACCAGAAAUGGCGAAUAGGAUUUAUUUUCCCAAGUUCUACAAAGAUGAAUUGGUCUAUUAUUCUUUGGACACCAAAACAUAUCAUUCUGUAGGGAGCCAACAUGAUCUGGAAAGCUUAAAUGAAACUAGCAUGUAUAUGGAUUGUGCUUGGAUUGAACCAAGUUGGAACUGAAGUUUUUACAGGUGGAAUUUCUAGGUUUAUAGUUCAUUAGUCGUUUGUGAUGAUUUGAUUAGGAAAGAUUUAGAAAUAAGAGCUUAUUCCCUCCAUUUCAAAAUGUAGGUCGUUUUAGGUUUGGAGAGAUUUUUCAAAAUGUAGGUCGUUUUACAAAUUCUAGACAAAUUAAUGACUAUUUUUCUAACUUUAC